AUGCACUCCAACGGUGAGGGCGCGUCGGAGAAGAGCGAUACCGCUGCCGUCCCAAUACCCGAGGGUUUUGUUGCGUGUCCGUUGUUGGAGGGAAUUCCCGUUGAACACGCGGAGCGACUUCGUCUCAUGUUGCGGCAGAAGGGGAUGACGACGACGGCGACGGCCUUCGACACCUGCGCGCUCCUUACGGCGGUGCUACUGCAGCCAGAGGUUUUGCUCGCCCAACAGAUGGAUUUGUCGCUCGAUGAUGUAAACGCCCUCUACGGCCACGUCAGUGCUGCUCUUUUGCGCCAAAGUGACUUCCUGGCUUCUCCCACGUCUGUGGCCAGUGUUCUUUCUUGCCGCCACCGUCACUUCAUUUCUACCGGACAGCAGGGUUUGGAUGGCGCCCUGAGGGGUGGUGUGGGGUGCGGUCUGAUUACGGAGGUCACAGGGGCCGCGGGGGCCGGCAAGACGGCGCUUGCGCUUAGCCUUGCAAUGCACGCCGCAACCCACCCAAAGACGGAUGGCAGGAGGGUCCGCACGCUGUGGAUCACCACGGAUCUUUCUGCGUUUCCAGCAGCAGUGGCAGCGGAAGUUUUGCAGUGGCACCUGGACGCACGCAGCUGCAGUGGUGACGAGGGCGGCGAAAACGUAGGAAAUGUCCUUUGCAAUGUGGCGGUGACAAUUUGCCCCACCCUUGCACAGCUGCGAGAGUAUCUUCCAGCCCUACGAGGCCACGUGGCACGUCAGACGGAUCUACGGCUUGUGGUGAUCGACAACUUCACCGUUUUAGUGCGCCGCAGCUUUCCGGGUGUGGAAAAUGAGGUGAAGGAGCGUCACGAGGCCGUGGCAGAACUAAUGAGCGUACUAAAGAGCCUUGCACAGGAGUUCUGCGUGGCCGUUGUGAUCGCGACAGCCUCAGGAGAUGAACUUGGCCACUCGUUUCUUCACUCCGUGAAUACGCGUCUUCGCUUAUCACAGUGUCUGCUGGAGCCCCGAGACGCAUUGGGAGUACAAGGAGAGAUUCAACCACGGGUGACGCGUGUACUUCAACUUGUGAAAAGCUCUGCAGCUGCAGGUUGUUGCUUUGAAUGUGAAUUUGACGGGAUGCGUUUGACGCGAGCUCAACCACUUGACGAGGAUGCCGUGCUUCUGUUUGAAGAUGCUGCGAUGUUUGGUGUGGAUCCCCUUGGUCACGUGAAGCUCCCAACAUUUGUCUAUUGCUGA